AUGAUUCAAUUACUUCUAAUAAUACCAAUUAUAGGUUCAUUAUUAAUAUUACCGAUACAAGAAAAUUCAAUAAAAAAUGAAAAUAAAAUGAAAACGAUAGCACUUUCAACCUCUCUAAUUAAUUUAUUAAUCUCUAUAUUAUUAUGGGUUGCAUUUGAUACAAGUACAAGUGAAUAUCAAUUUAUAUAUGAAUUCAAUAAAUUGAGUUUUUGUCACUUUAAUGUAGGAAUAGAUGGUAUUUCUCUAUACUAUGUAUUACUAACAACAUUUAUAACACCGAUAGCAAUACUAUCUAAUUAUAAAAAUAUAUAUAAAAAUAUAAAAUAUUUCCUAAUUUCUUUUUUAAUAUUAGAAACAUUACAAAUAGCAGUUUUUGUAGUAUUAGAUUUAUUUCUUUUUUAUAUUUUUUUCGAAAGUGUAUUACCUGUGUUAUUUAUAAUAAUUGUAGUAUACGGUUCGGGUGAAAAUAGAAUUAGAUCUGCAUUAUUAUUUUUUUUAUAUACUUUAGCAGGUUCUUUAUUUAUGCUACUAGCUAUUCUUCAUAUUUAUAGUAAUGUAGGUUCUACAGACUUUCAAUUAAUAUCAUUAUCUGAGAUUAGUUUACAGAGUCAAAAAAUAUUAUGGUUAGCUUUCUUCUUAGCUUUUGCAGUAAAAACACCUCUAUGGCCUUUAACAGGAUGGCUAUAUAGAGCUCAUGCUGAUAGUCCAUUAGCUGGAUCAAUUCUACUAGCAGGUACUAUUCUAAAAUUUGCUACUUAUGGAUAUCUUAGAGUAUUAAUUAACUUUUUACCUGAUGCUUCUAAUUAUUUUGGUCCAUUAGUACAAACUAUUGCUAUUGUUACUUUAAUUUAUUCUUCUUUAGCUACUAUAAUACAACAAGAUACUAAAUCUCUUAUUGCUUAUUCAAGUAUUGCACACAUGAGUGUAGUUAUUUUAGGUAUAUUUUCUAAUACUAUUCAAGGGAUAGAAGGGGCUAUUUUACUUUCUUUAGCUCAUGGGUUUGUUUCACCUGCUUUAUUUAUUUGUGUGGGUGGAGUUAUAUAUGAAAGAACUGGAACUAGAAUUAUUCAGUAUAUUAGAGGUUUAGUAACUUAUAUGCCUGUAUUUACUAUUUUAUUUUUUAUAUUUACUUUAUGUAAUACUGGAAUACCUUUAAGUUUAAAUUUCCUAGGAGAACAAUUAUCUUUAAUUGGUAUAUGGGAAAAAAGUCCUAUUAUCUCUGCUCUAGGUGCAACUGGUAUUGUUUUAUCUGCAUGUUAUUCUGUUUAUUUAUAUAAUAGAAUUUCUUAUGGUGUAUAUUCACCUCACCUUAAACCUUAUAUUGAUAUUACUAGACAAGAAUUUAAUCUUUUAAUUGCUUUACUAAUACCUACUAUAGUUUUAGGUAUUUUACCUAACGUUAUUUUAUAUUCUAUUCACUUACCUGUAUCUACUUUAUUAUAUUAUUAG